AUGGUGUAUACACCUGUACAGCUUUUUGCCGAGGCCGAGUCGAGCGGAGUGCGUUACCCGACGUACGUUGGUGACGACGACACUACCACGGAAUCGAGGCUUAGCACGCUCGUCAAGUAUCCAGUAGAGAAAUGGAGCGACAUAAACCAUGUGUGUCGCACGUUGGGUUCACGCCUAUAUGCCGCCAAAAAUAAGGUGAAGGGACUGACUCCUGCGGUGAUCAGCUAUAUACAAAAGUGCUUCACCUAUUGCUUGCACCAAAACAUGGGGAGGCCUGAGGAGCUCUUGCAAGGUCUGAAUGUCAUCGUGCCCCACGCCUUUGGCGACCACAGUCAGUGCGAGGAUAUGACAUGGUGCAAAUACAAGGCCAACCCAGAUGAGUACGCUCACGGCGAGCUUCCUGGUUGUCGCGACCUGCAGGGCGAAGACCUACGCGCCAGCAUUACGGACGCUUUGCGCCCGUUUUCGACACCCAUGGGUUCUUCCCAAAAAAGCGAAUGCGUCAAUAGCAUCAUUGGUGCAAAGGCUCCAAAGAUCAAGCGCUUUGGUGGUUCUGAGAGCAGUGACCACAGAACGGCAGCAGGGAUAGCACAGUUCAAUGAGUCGACGAAAUAUAUAUCUAAGGCAACAGAGGAAAUGGGCCUAGGACAUAGCAUCGCGACCGAUAAAUACAUAAAAGACACAAACCGAAGACGCCUAAAAAAUGCUGUAAGAAAGGGAACUCGGGCGUUCAAGAAAAAGAGGCGCAUGGCGCGAAGAAAAAAAUCUCGGAAAAAUGUAUCUCUCGAAGAACGCGAAGGCGUAACAUAUGAGUCAGGAGUUGGCUUGCAGAGAAGGGAAGUUGAGAUAACCACCUUGACCAUAGAAAGCUUGAAGAACUCCGUGAAGGACGAAGAGCUACGGACUUACGAAGAGUGCAUAGAGCAUUGGGAAAUAGAGAGCCAGGGAGAGCAGUCUCAUCCAACUAAUCCACCAGAGCUCAGCGAAUGUGCGCUUAUCACCUUCGACACAGAGACGACUGGCCUAAACAUAGAAAAAGAAGGUGCUACAAAGAAAAAGGAGAGCAAGGUGUUGCGCUCCACAACGUAGGCGAAAGGACUAGAGAAAUUUUGUAAUUUUCUAAAGCAGCAUGAAACCUCAUGCCCUCUGCAAAUUGUCUUAGUAGCUCCCAACGGCGAUCGCUUUGAUUACCCAGUUCUUUUAAAAUCCUUGAAAAAGCACGACCUUCUGGAACAAUUUUCCGAAUCUGGAGUCUUUUUCUUAGACUCCCUUAAGUUGAUAACGACAGUAAAGAACAAUACAUUUCGCACAGUUUCA